AUGCAGGGCGAGACGGGUGGGCCCCGCUGCGCAGCUGGGGUCCCCGCUGCAGCAGUGAGGUCCCCCAGAGGGAGGCCCCGAUCCUGCUCGGUGUUGCUGCUGCUGCUGCUGCUGCUGCUGCUGCUUAAUGCAGCAGUAGCAGCAGCGACGUUGGUUCCACCCCCCACCUUUAUAUCUCCCCCAUGGCUGGCUGCCCUUCACCGUAGCCACGCUGCAGCAAUAGCAGCGCGUGCAGCAACAGCAGCAGCAGCAACAAGGAAAGAAGCAGCAGCUGCUGCUGGUGAGCAUUCUAGGGCUGUGGAAGCUGUAAAUGCUGCAGCUUCCUUUUUUUUAGCCAAAGUGCUGCAGCAGCAGGAGCAGCAGAGUGGCCACGGCAUUGGGUCUUCUCUCCCAACUGCAGCAGCAGCAGCAAGAGCAGCAGCAGCCGGAAAGCAGCAGCAGCAGCAGCAGCAGCUGCCAGCCUUGCUGCUUAGCUGCAGCGGGGGGGCUGACAGCACUGCGCUUUUGCAUGCAAUUGCAGGCGCCCUGGGACUUGCUGCUUCUACAAAUAGGGCUAUUGCUGCUGCCGCUGCUGCUGCUGCUGCUGGCCGCGGCCAUGUGCAGCAGCAGCAGCAGCAGCGGCAGAAGCAAAAGGAAAGCCCAGACGCAUCAGACUACCUGACUGCUGCAGAACUGGAUGGCAUUGCAGCAUCCAGCUGCUGCAGCAGCAACAAAACUAACAGCAGCAACAGCAGCACAAGCAGCAGCAACAGCAGCAGCAACAGCAGGAGCAGCAGCAGCAACAGAUUAGCUGCGUGCGUGCCGGUGGGGGACAGCGGAGUGCUUGUUGCUGCUGUUUAUUUUGACCAUCAGCUGCGCCCCACAGAGACGCAGCAGGAGCAGCAGCAGCUAGCAGCAAUCUGUGGGGUGUAUGGACUCCCGCUGCACUGCUACGAGCUGCCAAAGCAGCUUCUUGCUGCAUGCAGGAAGCAGCAGCAGCAGCGGCAGCAGCAGCAGCACGCCAGGAGACGCAGCAGCAAAGCCUCGCCGCAGCAACUGAUGCGCAGCUGGCGCCGGUGCGAGUCAGCUGCCCUUCUUGCGCGUAUCUUACAGCAGCAGCAGAAGCAGCAGCAGCAGAAGCAGCAGCAGCAGCAGCAGCGGGGCUACCUGUUGACGGGGCAUCACGCAGACGACCAAAUAGAGACAAUUUUCAUGAAGCUGCUGCGGGGUGUCAACGUCCUGAACCUGCAGUAA